AAUAACCAACCAUGACCACAGAAUCGGGAUCAGACUCCGAGUCCAAGGAUAAAGAGCAGGAUCAAGAGGAGAGCCCUGCGCAGGAAGGGGCAGCAGAGACCCAGCCGCAGGAGCAGCAGCAGCCGCAGCAGCCGCAGCAGCCGCAGCAGCAGCAGCCGCCGAGCGAAGAGCACCAAACCGCGCUCGAGCAGUUCUCGGCUGUGGCAGCGCACAGCACGCCAGUGAGAAAAGAGCAGGCCACAGAGAAAGAACAGGAGUUUGCUGCUGCGAGUGCAAAACAGCUGGAAUAUCAGCAGCUAGAGGACGACAAGCUCUCUCAAAAAUCUUCAUCUAGCAAACUUUCCAAGUCUCCUCUAAAGAUUGUCAAGAAACCGAAAAAUAUGCAAUGCAAAGUGACGCUCCUGGAUGGAUCAGAAUAUGCGUGUGAAGUAGAGAAACGUUCCAGAGGUCAAGUGCUGUUUGACAAAGUGUGCGAGCAUCUGAACCUUUUGGAAAAAGACUACUUUGGGCUAACAUACAGAGAUACAGAAAACCAAAAGAAUUGGUUGGACCCUGCCAAGGAAAUCAAGAAGCAGAUCCGAAGUGGUGCUUGGCAGUUUGCAUUUAAUGUGAAAUUCUACCCUCCAGACCCUGCCCAGCUAUCUGAAGACAUUACCAGGUACUACCUCUGCUUGCAGCUGAGAGAUGACAUCGUUUCGGGUCGGCUGCCCUGCUCGUUCGUCACGCUGGCCCUGCUGGGCUCCUACACCGUGCAGUCGGAGCUCGGCGACUACGACCCAGACGAGUACGGCAGCGACUACAUCAGCGAAUUCCGCUUUGCGCCAAACCACACUAAAGAGCUGGAGGACAAAGUGAUCGAGCUGCACAAGAGCCACAGGGGAAUGACACCUGCAGAAGCUGAGAUGCAUUUCUUGGAGAAUGCCAAAAAACUAUCCAUGUAUGGAGUAGAUCUCCAUCAUGCCAAGGAUUCUGAAGGAGUGGAAAUCAUGCUAGGAGUCUGUGCAAGUGGACUCUUAAUAUAUCGAGACAGGCUCAGAAUAAAUAGAUUUGCCUGGCCAAAGGUUUUGAAAAUUUCCUACAAGAGAAACAACUUCUACAUCAAAAUCCGACCAGGGGAGUUUGAGCAGUUUGAAAGCACUAUUGGGUUUAAGUUGCCAAAUCAUCGUGCUGCAAAGCGCUUAUGGAAAGUGUGUGUUGAACACCAUACAUUUUUCAGGCUCCUGCUGCCAGAAGCACCUCCAAAGAAGUUCCUCACGUUGGGCUCCAAGUUUCGCUACAGCGGCCGGACACAGGCCCAGACGAGAAGAGCCAGUGCCCUCAUAGACCGUCCUGCACCUUACUUUGAGCGCUCCUCUAGCAAACGUUACACCAUGUCUCGCAGCUUAGAUGGGGCAUCAGUGAAUGAAAACCAUGAAAUGUACAUGAAGGAUUCUGUGUCUGCUGCAGAGGUUGGUACUGGCCAGUACGCCACAACAAAGGGCAUCUCUCAGACCAACUUGAUAACCACUGUGACUCCAGAGAAAAAGACAGAAGAGGACAAAGUUGAUGAAGAGGGCAAAAAGAAGAGAGCAGAGGAAGUCACCCCGAUUUCAGCAAUACGCCAUGACACCAAGCCAUCUUUGCUUGGCACUGACCCCCACCACUCCUCGCCAUCCUCUCAGCCUGGCCCCCAUGUAUCUUCAGCAAAGCUUCGCAGGAGAUGCAAGGAGAGCACUCGGACAAAGUCCUUAGGCUGUGAGGCCCUCAAAGAGAGCACUCCAAAACACAGCGAGUCGGAGCCAGACUCUGACAGAAAGGGGCGAGUUUGCUCCGCCGAGCAAGACAUGGCUUUUGGCUACAAGCAAAAAGCUGGCAAAGGCGGAACACUGUUUUCCUUCUCCUUGCAACUUCCAGAGUCAUUUCCUUCCCUCCUGGAUGACGAUGGCUACCUGUCGCUCCCUAAUCUCUCCGAAACCAACCUCCUGCCUGCCAGUGUGCAGCACUACCUCCCCAUCCGCUCCCCCUCCCUCGUGCCUUGCUUCCUCUUCAUUUUUUUCUUUCUGCUCUCUGCCUCUUUCUCAGUGCCAUACGCCCUCACUCUCUCCUUUCCUCUGGCUAUGUGCCUCUGCUACCUGGAGCCCAAGGCGGCCUCCUUGAGUGCCUCACUUGCCAAUGACCUGAGUGACAGUUCAGAGGAAGAGACUGACAGUGAGCAGACGGAUACUGCGGCUGAUGGUGAGACCACUGCCACCGAGUCGGAUCAAGAGGAGGACGGAGAUCUAAAGGCACAGAAUAGUCUGAUUAAGCGAAUACAGGGUGAAAAUGUGUAUGUCAAACAUAGUAAUCUUAUGUUAGAGGAUCUAGACAAAACCCAGGAAGAUCUGAUGAAACAUCAGACCAAUAUAAGCGAGUUGAAACGCACCUUCUUGGAAACCUCCACAGAAACGACUGUGUCUAAUGAGUGGGAGAAGAGGCUUUCCACAUCUCCCGUUCGGCUUGCAGCAAGGCAGGAGGAUGCUCCUAUGAUUGAACCACUAGUGCCUGAAGAGACCAAAGAAGAAACAGAAAAAUCAGAAAAACUCAUAUUUUUGCAGAAGGGAGGUACUACAUUCCUUGAAAUGCAGCCAAGUGUGAUAGAGAAGAAGCUGCAGGAAGGAGAAUCUGCUGGCACUUUGGUUACUUCUCAUCAAAUCAUUAUCCAGAAAAGUAUCCCAUCAUCCCUAGAGGGCACUGAGGAUUGGGUUAUUAUAGACAAAAUACCCUCUGAGGUAGUUGAUGGUGAAUCGGAAAAAAAUCUGGCAUACAAAGUAGUGACUGUGAGCAGUAAAAGUGCCUUUCCACCUGAGAUAUUAAAAUCCAGUACCGUUCUAAUGCAGAGCUUUGAGGACUUGGAAAGUGAAAUACGAUCCAAUGAGGAGAAUAAGCAGAAAAUGUUGACCCUAGGAAAGUCCUAUGAUACCGUAUCUGGGAAAAUUGUAACCAUGACAAGUAAAGCUAAAGAGAGCGAGAAAGCAGUACAGCCUUCAGUAGAAACUUUGCAAAAAAUGGAAAGGAAAGUGCAAGAAUCUGUGAAAAUCGUUCCAAUAGUGGCCAAGUAUGAAAUCCUCAAGCCUGUCGCUGAUGAGAAUGCCAGGCGGGGAUCCGAUGUGCAGAGCACGAGAAGGAAGCUGUCUGACUCUCUGACACCCAUAAAGGAAGCAGAAUCUCAGUUGCAGAGUCCUGAAGAGGAGAGUUUGAAAAAAACACUGAGGAUGGACCAGGAUUUGCAGUUACUUGGUACACUGGAAAGCUUACAGCUUGGCAAAGCAGAAAAGCAUCUUGGCGGAGAAGCUGUAAAAGCAGGGGCGUUUGCCCGGACAGAUAAGAGCCUGUCUGAGUGGAGAUAUUCCAGAGAACAGCCAUUUACCAUUGCUACUGCUCACUAUGUUACUGAGUCAUCUGCAUCAAAAGUAGUGACUAAACAGUCCACCAGUGAAAAAACCUUGGAUGGUUCAGAUAUCUUCACUUUAAUAGAGUCCGCCAGAAAACCGACUGAGUUCAUAGGAGGGGUUACUUCUUCUUCCCAUAGCUGGGCUCAGAGAAUAGACACGACAACGUCUCAGGAGAUAACUUCCAGUGACACGAAGCAAGCAGUUCAGCCGGAUCAGGAUGCAGUGCAGAAGGUUGUACAGGAGACUGUAGUUGUCAAGGAGAGACAUGGGAUGGAGGUGCAUGCAGGCGGGGAUCCUGCUAAAAUGGCCGGACUUACGCUGGAUGCCCAGGCUGAGGCAGCAUCGGCGGUGGCUGCUGGCGUGAAAGGGAAGGAGGGCUCUGCUGGGACUGAGGGGGCGAAGGAGGAAAAAAGGGAGGAGGCUGGGAAAGCCCUGACCAAACAGGAAGGAGCCGCUGCCACUGCUUCGUGUGAGCAGGUGGAGGAGCACAGAACAACAGUCCAGCUUUCAGAGUCUUUGGAAAGAAAACCUCAUUUUGAGUCGCCAGUUGUGAAGACUGAGACUAUAAGUUUCAGCAGUAUUCCCGCUGGUGGGGAAACCCUUGAAAUUUCAACAAAGGAAGUGCCAGUAGUCCAUACAGAAACAAAAACCAUUACAUAUGAGUCUUCUCAGGUGGAUUGCGGUGCUGACUCUGAACCAGGUGUAUUGAUGAGUGCACAAACAAUCACAUCUGAAACCACCAGCACUACAACUACUACACAUAUCACCAAAACUGUGAAAGGAGGCAUCUCAGAGACAAGAAUUGAAAAACGAAUAGUCAUCACAGGAGAUGCAGAUAUUGAUCACGAUCAGGCGCUGGCUCAGGCAAUUAAAGAAGCCAAAGAGCAGCACCCUGACAUGUCAGUGACCAAAGUAGUGGUACAUAAAGAGACAGAAAUCACACCAGAAGAUGGGGAGGAUUGACCACAGGAAUAACCUAGAAAUGCAUAUGAAUCCAGACAUGCAUACCAGUAGGAAUACGAGAGCCUAUACGGAGUCUCAGUUCCAACCUGACUGACUUGUAUCUGUCUAUGGAAAAUUUCAGUACAGAAGAAUUGAUCUUGACCGUUAAUAAAGAAACUGGCAGAGAUACCUUCCCAUAGAAAGCAAUCUGAAUCAGCAGCAGUUAAACAAUAUUGCAUGAAGCAACAAUAAAAUUACAGAAAAGCAGCAUUUUUAAUUUUCUUAAAAUGUCUAAGUUUUCAGCUUUACCUGCACGUUCAUAAACAAUAUAAACAGUGAUCUCAUGUAACACAUAAACAGUUCAUGCCUUUCACAGUUUCUGAAAGUCUAAACAAAUUAAAAUUUAUUAGGUGGCAAGCCUUUUGUUUACAGAUAUUGUAAAUGAAGAUUACCCCCAAAAUGCUAGAAGCUGUAUAGGUACUGUGUAUAAUGUUUUACCACACAUUAGAUGUGCCAAUAACACAGUUUAUUCAGUAAACAACUUGAAUCUUAUAUUUGUUUCAUCUGGUUUUAUUACUGCCCAAUAAACAAUGACGAAUCUUUACUCUUAUCCAAACAUAUAAAUGCUUACAAAGUGUGCUUUGUAUACCUGACUGAAUACCUUAUGAGGUAGUAAUGAUUUUAGUAUAUUAACUUUAAUAAUUUUUGUCAGCAUUGAUCAGAGUCAGCUUCCAGUCACCCUUCACAGAUCCUAACCUUGUAAAUUAUAUGUAGUUAUUUUGGAGAAAAAAAAAAAAAAUCUGUAUUUUACUUAGUUUGCAGCUUUAGAAAAUUAUUAAUCUGAAAUAACCGUGAUGGUUUUCUAUUGAUUUCCCUUUUGUUCUCAGAGGAAAAAAAAAAAAAAAAUCUGUUUGAGAAUCUGGUCAGCAUUUACUAUCUAGUUCUGAGUCAAGCCUUAACCUGUACAGAACGUCCACUGAAAACUCGCUAGUGUCCAGCUCUAAUACCCACGGAAGGGAUAGCGUCCAUUACACUGUCAGCUGCAUCACAACACAUGGUGAAUGUAUGUUUCUGCAUAGUGAAAUAAAAGUGGUAAAUGCAUAUGAAA